AUGACCAUGACUGAGGGCGGCGUGCAUAAUUUCGAGGUCACGACCUAUAAUAGGCCAACAUACUGUGAUGCUUGUGACAAGUUCUUGUGGGGGCUUGUAAAGCAAGGUGCUCAGUGUAAAAACUGUGGAUUCAACGUCCACAAAAAGUGCCAGCACUUGGUGUCAACUGCUUGUAGUGGCGACUUCGCCCCUGGUAGAUACCGGGAGCGGUCAAGCUCAGAUCUGGUUCCGAACGGCACGUACAUAGAUGCCGGUGAUUCGGAGCGUACUCUCGUCAAGCGGAGACAAAGUGACGUGGCUGGGAAAGCGAUCACGGCUCCUCGCAAACCCCCAAUGAAGCGGUCGGUCACCGCCGGCCCUACGGAGAAAGAAAUGAGCAUUGUUCAGGAAUUGAUCACAAAUACUGCAAUGAACUCUGCGGCAAUGGAGAAAGCGGCAAAGGAUGCUGCUCCACCACUGAACCUCCUGACUACUACACCCAAGAACUUUACUCGGUUUGUCGCACGCCUUGGUCCUGCUGUCAACUUCCAAGAUGACAUUGCAGAAGUGCUGACCUGGCAGAAUCCGCCCAAGACUAUUAUCGUGAUGGUCACGUACAUUUUUCUUUGUAUAUACCCAACCCUCCUCAUCGUUGCACCUCAAAUGCUUCUCAUCUACAUCAUCAUGCGCAACUACUACAAGAAGACAAAGAAGGAAGUUGUUGGCCGCAAGACGAGCGGGAACGUCCAGUACCUCAAAAAUAUGCAAUUCAUCCAGAACUCAAUGGGGAUGUUCUGCGAUGUUUACGAAGAUGUUAAAAAGAACUCGAAGGCUCUUGACUGGUCCAACGAAGAAGAAACGAUCCGCCUUCUAAAGCUUGCCGUUGGUUCCAUGUUCGGUGUCAUCUUUGUCAUCCGUGUCAUCCCCUUCAACUACCUCAUGCUCCUCGGUGGUGUAAGCGUGUUCCUACAGAACACUGCUCUCUUUCGCGCAGCCUCCACCACCCUCCCCCCGGUGUUGAUAAAGAAACUUCAGAACCAGGUCGACAACAUCCGCGAGGCCAUCCGGGAAGCUCGUCGAACUGGAGAUGGCAGUGUUGUCACAGUUACUCUGUUUGAAAAUCAGAGGUGGUGGGCUGGUCUUGGAUGGAUUCCUCAUCUUCUUCGUUCUGAACGUGGCCCCUGGAGUGACGAAACUGGUCAGAUCACACGAGCUCCCAAGGAAGUAUUCGAGCUGCCAGAAGACGGUGGUGUUUGGCAAUGGAUGGACGAAGACUGGCGUCUGGAUGUUGGCUGGGCGGAUGUGGAUGAACAAGGAUGGCAGUAUACGGACCAUGUCUGGGCGAAUGCCAAGAGUAAAGCUGCAAUGUCGUCCCUAACUCGUCGUCGAAUGUGGGUGCGUAAAAUGAGACUCAUCAAGCCCCAAGUACCAGCAAUUGCUGGAAGUGUCCCAGUUAAGGCGAUCAAAGCGCAAUAA